AGUUCAUGGCAGAUUAAGGCUUUGAAUCCGUUAAAAGAAGGUUCCGAGCAGAGGAGGAGAGCGAUGGCGCUGCCGACACUACCUUCAAAUUGGCACAGUCGUAGCAGGGUCCUGGAGAAACAGAUUGUGCACCACAGAGAGCAAGAAGCCCGUUUUCGUAAUCAAUGGGAUACGGCCAAUCGAUAUUUUAAACAGUCAGAUGUGUGCAGCAGCAAACAAGCUCAGUGGAGUUCGCGUAUUUCCUAUGAGCAGAGUAUGAACGCUUACCAUCGUGAGAAACAGAAAGAAGAGAAAAGGAAGAAUCUUGAGCGCCGCAGAGAUGAGCUUCGUAAAAUGUUACAGGAAGAGCGAGACAUGUUGGAAGCCCAACUGAAGGAGCUUUCUCAGAAUAGGGAACCUGACCUCAACAGCAUGAGAGAACGAGCAGAGGGGCUGAGGUCUGCACGGGAGGAGCGCAGGAAACAGCUUGCAGAGGAGCUCAUGUAUGAUCAGUGGAAGAAGAACAAUAGGAAACUACGUGAGGUGGAAUCCAGUAUACAUAAGAAGUAUGUGGUUGAUGCUUGGGGAGACCAAGUAACAGAGAGAAAUAAGGAAAAAUUAGAAGAGGAAGAAGAGAAGAAGAGGUUUGAGAACCAAUAUGAACUUGCACGGCGUGAGGCUCUUGAGAAUUUGAAAAGAGUAGAGGAGAGACGGCGCCAGACUGACAGGGAACAAGCUGAGGUCCUGCGGCAGCAAAUGGAGGAGCUCAAACUGAGGGAACUGGAGGCUCAGAAGCUGAAGAAGGAACAGGAGGAUUUACUAAGACAGCAGUGGGAAGUGGAGAAGCUGCAGGAGGAGAGGAGGAAGAAUGAGGAAAGACGUAAAAAAACAGAGCUUGGUCAUUUCUUGAGUCGUCAGUAUACAGCUCAGAUGAAGAGGAGAGCCCAGAUGGUACAAGAAGAACUGGAAAUGGACAUGAAGAUCCUCUCUGCUCUGAUAAGUAAGGAGGAUGAAGAACAACGUCUGCGCUCUGCUAGAAGGGAGCAAGCUGCCGCUGAUGCAGCAUGGAUGAAAGGUGUUAUCGAGGAGCAGCUUCGUCUGGAGAGACAGAGGGAGGCAGAAAUAGAUACCAUGUUUAGAGAAGAAGCUAGACAAGUGUGGGAGAAAAGAGAGGCUGAAUGGGAGCGGGAGCGGAAUGCAAGGAACCGACUCAUGAAAGAGGUUCUACAUGGGAGACAGUUACAGAUUGAGGAGCAGAUAGAGCAGAAUAGACGUGCUCAGAGGGAAUCCUUAAUGUCUCGUGAAGAGCUUAUCAGAGAGUUGGAAGAAGUCAAACAGUUGACCUCUAGAGACAAGAAAGCGGAGGAAGAGCAGAAGACUGCACGUAGAUUGGAACUGGAGACACAGAUUUCUGAACAUCGCAUGAAAGAAAUGGAGGAGAUUCUACGCCAGGAAGAGGAGGAACAAGAGGAGAAGUUAGCAGAAAAAGAAGAUGAUGAUUUAGUAGAACAAGAGGCAGAAAUCAUGACACAAAGAGGUUAUCAGAAAAAGGUGUUUGGUCGCCCCAGACCUGCCUGGUCUUGACAGCAGUAAACUCGGAGCUUGACAGAUCAACCAUCUCAGUUGUUUGAGACCAGGAAAAAAAACACACAGCUGUAUUUUUGUUACAGGAUUUCUUUGUAAAUUGCUUUUCAUUUGACUGUACAUAGGUUUUAAUAAUGUGUGUAUCUGUUUGUGAAUUAUAAAAUAUCU